AUGCGCGUUUCUCUGUCAACAGUGCUCACCGCAGCCUUGGGCCUUGCGUCCUCGAGCAAUGCUUUGAGGAUCCUCAUGGGCAAUGACGAUGGUUUUGGUAGUGGCAACCUGCGCGAGCUUUACAAACUCCUCAAGGAGGCUGGUCAUGAAGUCCUCGUAGUCGCACCCGCCCAACAACAGUCCGGCAAAGGAAGCACUGUUAUCUGGGCCGAGGGGGCGAACCUCACCGUCGCCUCGCAAUACGAUAUUGUUCCUGCCGGAUCCAAGUCAGUGGGCCGCGAUCCCAACGACGAAGACAUAUGGUACUACGACGGCACACCGGCCGCAUGUACCUUUGUCGCCCUCGACUACGUCCUUCCCCGCUACUAUCCUGACUGGCACGGAACUGCCGAUCUUUUCGUCUCAGGCCCCAAUUAUGGCACAAACCUCGGCGCCUUCGUUAUGGGUCUUAGCGGUACGGUCGGGGCAACGUUCGCUGCCGUCUCGCGCAGCAUCCCCGGUAUCGCAACCAGCGCGUCCAACAAAGCAGUACCGUACUUCAACGUCACUGGCCCGAAUCACCCCGCUAUGCUCGCGGCGAAGGUCAGUUUCGAAGUCGUCAAUGAGUUCAUUGAGAACACACCGUCUGGCCAGUCCAUCCUCCCUCUCGGAUACGGCGUAAACGUCAACAUCCCCGAGCUCGUCAACGGCACCACACCACCUGUCGUCAAGACCCGCCUCACAGGGAAUGCAAACACAGACGUCGCCGUGUACAACGAGACCUCAGGUCUGUUCACCUGGGACAACCUCGACCCGGUGGCGGCGGGUAUCAAUGCCGCUUACAAUGGCGACACGAGUCUGCCAGGUGAGACCUGGGUUGUUGCGGGAGGUAGUAUUAGUGUGAGCGUGUUCACAAUGGACUUCAGUGCGCCAGAGACCACAUACACGGAAUUGGUCUAUGGCAAGGUAGAGAGCUUGUUCUCUGGAGGCAAUGGUACAAAGACAGGGUAUAGCAAGAGGAUGAUGGAAGACAGAAUGAGGAAGAGGGGUGUAAUGAUGACAGGAAGGGACGCGUUGUAG